CAAAGAUCCAAAUGUGGAUGAAGAAAUACGCGAAACGCACGAAUAGUACGCUUCCAUCAAAAAAUAUCUUGGCUAUUUAUCUUUUUCAUCAGUUUGAGUUUCACCUUACCAACAGUGCCACAACUCAAGGUUGUUUGUUCGCAGUUGUUCAAAUGGAUAAAAAGUUGGUUGAUAAUUAUGUCAAACAUGCUACUACCCAUAAUCGAGUCCUGGAAGAAGAACAAUGUUGGAGAGAAAUAAAACGUCGUCAUAAAAGAUCAAAUGAAUCUCGUGAUCGAUCACCUGAAUCAAAUUGUGCUCAAUCAGAACAAGCAUUAGAUGCUUAUGAACGUGCACUUCGUACAGAAGCUAAACGUAGUGUAGAAUUACUUUCUGCCCGUACAUUACCAAGCGCUGCUGGUGGACAAAAUGCUAAAGAGUUUUGGCGAACACUUGCUCGUCGACAUUGUGACACUGGUCGUUGGGGUCAUGAUGGUUGGGAUGAAUUACAAAAAGAAGGUCCUAUCCCAUUUAAACAUUCUGAAAGUAUCGAUGAUAUGAAAUCAAAGUCAGUUACACCAAGUAUAACACCUAAACUACCAUAUCAACAUACAGUUGACAAGUUGAAAGAACAAGAAGCAGUGACAAAAUCAAAAAAGAAAACUAAACAUAAAUUAUCUGAGUCAAAAUCAAAGCAAAAACAUGCUAAAAAGCGUAAAGCUAAAUUGAAAAAAGUUAAAAAGCAUAAAAAAACUGACAAGAAGAAAAAGAAAAAUAAGAAGAAAACUAAAGUGUCUAAACGACGACCACCAACUCCUUCAUCGUCAUCAUCAUCAUCUUCAACAUCCUCUUCUUCAUCUUCAUCUUCAUCACCACCUCCUUCACCAGCUCCUUCAUCAUCCACUUCUUCAUCAUCUACUUCCGAGUCAUCAAGCUCAAUUGGAACAGAUGAUGAAAUAGAAUGGCAAGAAUUAAAAGUGAAAUAAUAAUGAUGAUUGUAAUAGAGAAAAAUGUAAUUAAUCCCUUUUUCUUUUUAUUACAGUGCAUUUUGUAAAUUAACUGAUAGUAAUGAUGUUAUAGAUCAAAAUAUCUAACUUGAAAACUUCAGAAUUUCUUCUCUUUCCUUUCCUAUACUUGAUAUUUUGUCAUUGUUGUAUGCUUUCUUUUACUUUCUUGGUCGUCAACGGUGAUUUACUGUAAACAUCACAUGAUAUUCAACCAGAAGGUUGAAGGUUACAAUUCCACCAUACCUAAUUUGGUUUGAACUGCUAUAUAAGUAACUUGAUGCCUUACACGAACUCUAAGCUGAAUAUAUGAAGCUGUACUAUAAUGUAGAUCUGUAAUCAUUAUGAAUUAUGGUCUUUAUUUGGUUGAUGGAAUGAAAUUCCCGCCCCCUUCUAUCUAUGUAUUUUGUUACACUUCUGUGUAUGUGUUGAAUAGGGUAUUUUACUUAAGAAAAAUUGUAUGUUUUUUACUGUCCUUUUUUUAUAAAAUGCUACAAUAAUAAUAAAAUGGUGUAUAUAAGAA